AUGGCCGAUUUUUCGGAGCUCCACCAUGAGCAUACUCCAAAAUCAGUUUGGGAAGGCAUUUGUUGGGGAGUUGAUUUGGAGCCACAGUUGAGGAUUGAAAAAGUGUGUGCGUGGCACAAAGAGAGGGGGACAGAGAGAGAGGAGGAGGAGGGUGAGGUGGUGGUUCCCGUGGAGGAGGAUGAGAUGGUUACACCAAAUAGAGGGGUGCGUUGGUGGCUAAUUCGUUGA